AUGGCGCAGCUCGUGACGCUCGCGACCUGCUCGCUGAACCAGUGGGCGCUGGACUUUGACGGGAACCGCGAUAGGAUUGCCGCGUCGAUCCGCGAGGCGAAGGAGAAAGGGUGCACGCUGCGCACCGGCCCCGAGCUCGAGAUUCCGGGAUAUGGCUGUUACGACCACUUUCUCGAAGCGGAUACCGAGCUGCACUCGUGGGAGGUGCUUGCCGAGCUUCUGAGCACGGACCUGACCGACGGCAUCCUGUGCGAUGUCGGCAUGCCGAUCGCGCACCACGCCGUGCUGUACAACUGCCGUGUGACGGUUGCGAACCGCAAGGUGGUGCACAUCCGGCCCAAGAUGUGGCUUGCCAACGAUGGAAACUACCGCGAGAUGCGCUGGUUCACGCCGUGGAUGCGCCCCCACGUCGUCGAGGACUACCUCCUUCCGGACGCCAUCCGCGCGGUGACGCAGCAGCACAAGGUGCCGUUUGGCGACGCACUGCUCGCUCUCCAGGACACGGUCGUCGGCGUAGAGCUGUGUGAGGAGCUAUUCACUGCUGCGAGCCCGCAUAUCGCCCAAAGCCUGCACGGCGCCGAGAUCAUCCUCAACUCGAGCGGGAGUCACCACGAGCUGCGCAAGCUGCACCGCCGUGUCGAGCUGAUCAAGGAGGCGACGCUCAAGUCGGGCGGCGUGUACCUCUACGCAAACCAGCGGGGAUGCGACGGCGACCGUCUGUACUACGACGGCUGUGCGAUGAUUGCGGUCAAUGGCCAGAUUGUCGCGCAGGGCGCGCAGUUUUCGCUCGACGACGUCCAGGUCGUCACCGCGACCGUGGACCUGGCCGAGGUGCGUGCGCACCGCACGUCCAAGAGCCGCGGCAUGCAGGCCGCGUGGAUGCAGGCGGGCCACGGCGGUAUGCUCCCCGGCGGCCCUGCGCGCGUCGACGUUCCCCUGGCGCUGUCGACGCCUGCGUCGCAGUUUACGCUCGCGGACCUCGCCAAGGCCGCGCCGUCACCUGCGAUCGAUGUGCACUAUGCGACGCCGGAAGAGGAGAUCGAAAAGGGGCCGGCCUGCUGGCUCUGGGACUAUCUCCGCCGCUCGCGGACGCAGGGUUUCCUGCUGCCCCUCUCGGGCGGCAUCGACUCGUGUGCGACGGCGAUGAUUGUGCACAGCAUGUGCCGCAUCGUGCAUGCUGCGUGCACCGACGACGCGACGCCGGCCGCGACGCGCGAGCAAGUGCUAAGCGAUGUGCGCCGCAUCGCGCAGCACGACGCGCCGUGGGUGCCUGCCUCGCCCCAAGCCAUUGCCGAGCGCCUGUUUGUGACGUGCUACAUGGGCACGACCAACUCGAGCAACGAGACGCGGUCGCGUGCGCGCGACCUUGCGUCUGCCAUCGGAUCGUACCACUAUGCGUUUGACAUUGACUCGGUCGUGGGUGCGGUACUGGGUCUGUUUACGGCGGUGACGCAGCGCACGCCGCGCUUCAAGGUGCACGGCGGGACGCCUGCCGAGAACCUUGCGUUGCAGAAUAUCCAGGCGCGCUCGCGCAUGGUGCUUGCCUACCUCUUUGCGCAGCUCGCGCCGUGGGCGCAAGGGCGCCAGGGCGGCCUUUUGGUGCUUGGCAGUGCCAACGUCGACGAGAGUCUGCGGGGCUACCUGACCAAGUAUGACAACUCGGCCGCGGACCUGAACCCCAUCGGCGGCAUUUCCAAGACGGACCUGAAGCGCUUUAUUGCGUAUGCAUCCGAGGCGUACGCGAUGCCGAUCCUGCGGUCGUUCCUCGACGCGCCGCCCACCGCCGAGCUCGAGCCGAUCACCGAGUCGUACGUGCAGAGCGACGAGGCGGAUAUGGGCAUGACCUACGACGAGCUGUCCGUCUUUGGGCGCCUGCGCAAGGUCGCCAAGUGCGGCCCGUACAGCAUGUUUGUAAAGCUUUUGCCGAUGUGGACGCCCACGCUCUCCCCCGAGCAGAUCGCGGCCAAGGUCAAGCUCUUCUUCUUUGAGUACGCGCGCAACCGGCACAAGAUGACGACGCUCACACCGUCGUACCACGCCGAGUCGUAUGCGCCGGACGACAACCGCUUCGACCUGCGCCCCUUUCUCUACCCCAGCCACUUUGCGUACCAGUUCCGCAAGAUUUAUGCGCUGGCCGCCAAGCUGCAAGGCAAGGCGGACGCCUAA